AUGGUCUUGGGUGGGGGACUCGGGCUGAGCUGGAAGAUAAACCCGAUAGGACUGUUGGCUAUCAAGUAUCGUCGCGGGGGCCCACCAGCUCCGGAUGGUACGCGAUGGGUCAUCACGAAUAGGGGUCAGAAAGAGCCAGGGAUGUUUCUGUACGAGGAGCAUGCGCUGUGGCUUUUGGAUAUGCACCGGCAGUCGAAGGCGGAGGCUGAGGUGGGAGAGUUGGGAGGAUGGGGGAUGCUACCGGCCGGCCCUUUGAGGGAAUGGGACCUGAGUGUGGAGGUGGGGAAUAAGAGGGACCGGAAGAGGUGGUACAAGGCCGGCGUGCCCUAUGAGGAGUGGGAGAGUGAGAUUCCGCCACCGGAGCUUCGCUUUCACGUUCCUGGCGCGGGCGCGGCCCAGGCACCGUCUUUGGAGAGCAUUUGUGAGUAG